AUGGAUGAAAGUGAAACAGGAAAUCAUUUGUCCGGUACGGCAGCUCAAGCUUCCACUGUAUCAAUUAUUCCAAAUGAUAGCCGUGCAGGUGGACGAGGAGCUGGUCUAGCAACGAGUGUUAACAACAAUAAUUUAAUGACAAACGACAGAUCAAAUGAAACAACAACAACAACAUCGACAUCAGCUGUUGCAUCGAGUAGUUCAGGACCAAAUGCUAUGCUUAUGGUUGGACCUAAUUUUCGUGUGGGAAAACGAAUUGGUGCCGGCAAUUUUGGAGAAAUUCGCUUAGGAAAAAAUUUGUAUAAUAAUGAACAUGUAGCAAUCAAAUUGGAACCGAUGAAAUCUCGUGCACCACAACUGCAUCUGGAAUAUCGAUUUUAUCGACAACUAGGAACUUGUGAGGGUAUUCCACAAGUACAUUAUUUUGGGCCAUGUGGUAAAUAUAAUGCAUUGGUAGUUGAAUUACUUGGUCCAUCACUGGAAGAUCUCUUUGAUAAUUGCGACCGAAAAUUCUCUUUGAAAACCGUCCUGAUGAUUGCUAUACAAUUGAUUACUCGAAUGGAAUAUGUUCAUUCAAAAAAUCUUAUUUAUCGAGAUGUCAAACCAGAGAAUUUUCUUAUCGGACGUUCAUCGACGAAAAGACAACAUCUGAUACAUAUUAUUGACUUUGGCUUAGCCAAAGAAUAUAUUGAUCCUGAUACUGGUCGACAUAUACCAUUCCGAGAACAUAAAAGUUUAACUGGUACGGCAAGAUAUAUGAGUAUCAAUACUCAUCUUGGAAAAGAGCAAAGUCGUCGAGAUGAUCUUGAAGCAUUGGGGCAUAUGUUUAUGUAUUUUCUACGUGGUAGUUUACCGUGGCAAGGAUUGAAAGCUGAAACAUUGAAAGAACGUUACCAAAAAAUUGGUGAUACGAAACGUGCGACGCAUAUCGAUGUUCUAUGUCAAAAUCAACCAGAAGAAUUCGUCAAAUAUUUGAAAUAUGUUCGCAAUUUGGAUUUCUUCGAAACUCCAAAUUAUGAAUACCUUAGAAAAUUAUUUAAAGAUUUAAUGGAUUCACGCAAUUAUGUAUGUGAUUAUAAUUUUGAUUGGGUGGAAAAAAUGCGACCAAAUCCAAAUCUAAGUACUGCUGGUAAAUCUCAAUAUUCAUCAGCAAACCAACAUGAUACGCCAUCGAGUCCAACACCACGUGCAACGAAUAAAACGACUUUUUUAAAUCCUCAUCUCUCGGCGUCAACACAGCAAGUACAUGGUUCAAUGCAGCCCAUCAAUAUUCUUGACGAUGAUAAUGAACGACCCGCUCGAGGAGAUCAGGGACACAUUGGCACAUCACCAUCAAUGCCCAAUGCAGAAGUGAUUAGUGAUACGAAAUAUUGGAAAAGGUGGUUGUCUUCAUUCAUGUAG